AUGCUAACUGCCAAAGUUACGAUUGUACAAGAAUAUCUGGCUGAUCCUUUACAUCUUUUCGAUGAUCCUGUGAAUGUGAAACCAAAUGUAGCGUACGAUGUAUGGUGCAGAUUGAACAGCGACCCAAAAUCACAAUACGACGGCGUGAGUCCAAUUCUUGAGAUACACUCAAUCGAGGCGCCUUCUGAAAGUCAAAUAGUAUUGCCUUGGGAGCGAAGGAGAGAAAGUAAUCCAAUUAAUCAGGCGUCAUCGCUGAAUGAAACCUCACAAAAGCAGCAGUUUACGAUGCAAAGUUACGGACUACGUACAGAAACUCGAGAACAAUCCAGAGAAAGUCAGAAUGUGCGUACAUUUACAGUUACGAUCUAUACCUUGGGGUCGAAGGAGAGCACUUCAUCUGUCAACAUUUCAGCCAGUGCAUCUCAAAACAGCUCAUUUGACCACAAUGCAACGGAUUCCUAUACUGUAUCACUUUCAUUCAAACAAUGGAUCAGCGAAGAGGAACAACGCGCUGACCACACAUCUAAUCUUCUAUCAUUUCUUGCUUCGAUUGCUCACGGUGAUACGAGGCCACCUGCGUCACAAACUUCUCCUGAGAAAAUUUUGGAAGUCCUACGACCUGUCAUUCGUGCUCAACUUGAUCUGACAGUGUCCCGGGACACUCAGAAAUCAACUAUAAGAAAUCGGGAAUGUAAUGUAAGAAAACAACAAGAAAUUGCAGCAGCUGAAGAGAAAUCGCCAGUAAAUCAGCGAUUACAAGAACAGGUUCCGAAUAAAAAGAUUGAACGAGUCGGCAGCGCAAAACAGUUGUCCGAAGUUCAGCAAGAAACCGAAUGCACUGCUAAUACAACACUUGAUCUGAUUGCUCAAUUAUUGUGUGAACGUUUAAAGAUGGUACAAUCGCAUCGGAAAGAAUGUCGAGAUGGAAUGAAACUGUAUGUUGCUUUCGCUAAUGCUUCAUUCCUGUCACCGUAUGAAGGGGGAUGGGAGUUGUUUGAGAAAUAUUAUUAA